AUGAGCGUGCCGACCAAUCCUCCAGGGAACACUUCCGAGCUCGUUCCGCGUCAAAUCCAUCCCACAAACACGACGCUGUUUGGAAACCUACCCAAGGACCAAUCUGAGCAACUGGCAUCCACCGAGACCGAGAACACUUCCGAGCGCGGCAUCAGUUGUCAGACUUGGAAAACGUUUGUGGAGCAAGCAGCCAAGGAUGAAGGCGACUUUAUUCAAGCACGUAACUCUGAUCUAGAAAGUUUGCUACUUUUCGCUACCUUAUUUUCUGCGGUAUUAACCGCUUUUGUCAUCGAAUCCUACAAGAAGCUGCAAACGCAUCCCGGUGCGGAGACCGUAGAGGUGCUCCGGCAAAUCCUAGCUGCAAUUCAAAAUAAUAGCGGCGCCAUUGACACUACACCAUCGUUAUCCGCUUCGCGCGUAUUCAAACCCACACCCUCUGCACUUCGCGUAAACGGCUUCUGGUUUGCGAGUUUGGUCAUCAGCGUAUCGACCGCCUUCCUAGCGAUACUUGCCAAACAAUGGCUGCUCGGUGUGACGGAAUCGUUAUCUCCAGAUCUUGAGAUGCGAGCAAGACAACACCAACAUCGAUUAGGAAACAUGGAGAAGUGGAAAAUGUCGGUAGUGCUCGCUGUGAUCCCCGUUCUCUUACACCUUUCAUUAUUGCUGUUCUUCGCCGGCCUCAUCGACUUCCUAUGGUCCAUCAACUUCUCCAUCGCGAUAGUGUCCGCGGGUCUGGCUGGAGUCACUGUCCUGUUCUACUUCGCGACGCACCUCACUUCUAUCAUCUGGCUUUCAUCGCCAUAUAGAACAUCUUUAACCUCACUCGGCCUUGCGUUGUUUGACAUGAUUCGAAUUGUUCUGUAUCGCGCCAUCUCGAACCCCCUGCCAGUGAUUGGCCCCAUAAUCCUCCUUCUUCUGGACAACCUGUUGCGCAUCAUCUCGCAUGUUCUCCGUGUCAUCUCGAAGAAUCAAGAAUUCAGCGAGAGAUUGCUUGACCUGUUCCGGCCACUGUAUGCGGCUUUGGACGCAGAACCGAGUCGAAAAAAGCGUCAAGGUUCUGUCACGACCAAACUCGCAUCCCUUACGGCACCAAGGAUCUCCGAGGAGGACUAUAUUCGAGGACAUCAUGCGUCUCUCGAUGCGAACAUUCUCACUGCUCUAAUUAGUCGACCUCCACGAUGGCAGAAUUAUUCCCAAACAAGCACUUUAGCCAUCGACGUUUUUCGAUUCGAACACUUGCUGGAAUACAGGACAUUGUUUCUGGGAGCCGGCGCAGCCUCCUUUCUAUCACGAUACAUCCGCUCGAGCACAGUCGCAGGCCCAAACGAAGCUCAAGCUGGGAUGCUGGUGAAGCAGUGGGACAUUCUCUGCCGCUUGAUCACCGAGUCUCGGGUGGAAGAGGAGGAAGACAUACCUUUGCCUGAUGAUAUAGACUGGGAUGAAAUUGAGGCUUGUUAUGGAGCAUCUCGUUCUUUUGGGUCUUCAGGGCUCUGCGUCGGAGAUGCACCCUUGAUAGAUACAGACAAUCUUCAUCUCUUCUCAACAAUGUUGAGACUUCAGGUCUUGAUAUCACGAUCGAAUCUGUACGAGGAGAGAGUCGGGGCCUUCAUCCCCAAAUUCUACCAACGCUUGGAGAACCUAGAGGCGAGUCACCUCGAAUCGAAUACUGGAGCCCUUUUGUCUGUGGUCAACACCACGAUCUUCAUCUCCUUGAAAUGGGUAUGGAAAUCUGCCAACUCUAGUGACGAGGAGGAUAUUUGA